AGUCUAGCAGUUGGAACAAGAAUUGGCUCCAACACGGGGUCACAGUACUUGCUGGGAGAGGAUUAGCCAAUUGCGGGAGGCCCUGUCCUUCCUUUUGUAUCUUCUGCAAACCAAAGCUUGCGCUGAUGGCUGGUUUCAUCUUCUGCCUUGUGGAUCUGGAGUGGAGAAUUGAACCCUGGCCAGCCCUGGUCCCCUCUGUGUAGACAGUCAGUGCCACCCUCCAUCAUUUGCAACUUUGUACAUUACUGAUGGACACUUUGCCUGGGGCUUUCUAGGUUGUUUGUUUUGAAAAGAGGCAGGAUUUUUACUUAUUAAACCAGCCCCGGAGCGUGGUCUUCUUGAGAGCUACUGUCUGGUUGGUCUUAGCACCAGCGGCAUUGAAAGCGGAGGCAGUUGAAGCUUGCACAUGUCCUGUGCUUUCUCCACUCGUUGACUCUUCCCUUGGCUGGGGCAGGGGCUACUGAGCUGAUUGUCGGUGACAUCCAGAGAAGCUGCCAGAUGGCCCAUGAUGUGAGUGGAAUAGAAGAUGAACUCAGCUGAAUUCGGUGAAGAUGUAGAAGAAGUUCUGAAAAACAGCACGGUCAAAGUGGAGACGGAGGCUGAGGAUGCGGCCCUGGACUGUUCCAUGAGCUCCAGGACGUUGGAGAGGCGCCCCCUGGACGGCAUCCUCACCGCUCUGCAGGACUCCAGCAAACGCAAGCAGCCUGGCAGUGGUGGGCAGCUGGACGUGGUCCCCAGUGUGAAGCGGCGGCGGAUGAUACCCGAGGGGCUCCUCGUGGGCAUGCGGAACCGGGAGAACAGCUCGCCCUGCCAGGGCAAUGGAGAGCAGGCUGUCAGGGGCAGGAGCCUGGGUGCAGCAUGGCCAGGUGAGGAGGAGCCCGGCCAUGAUGCCACCGCCCCUUCGUACAAGAAACCCCUGUACAGCAUCUCACACAAGAUCCUAGAGAAGAAGAACCCCCCGGCGGGGGACCUGCUCAGCACCUAUGAGCUCUUGGAGAAGGCGAAUGCUGGCAACAGUCCCUCCCCGCUGCGGCUCUUGGGCGAGUCCCAGAAGCGGGACUGCAGUGGGGUGGCCAGCGAUGCAGACUCCAACGUCUACUUCCUCAUCCAGAAGAUGUUCUAUAUGCUCAACACUAUCUCCUCCAACAUGUCGCAGCUGCACAGCAAGGUGGAUCUGCUCUCCUUGGAGGUGAGCCGCAUCAAGAAGCAGGUGAGUCCCUCGGAAUUUGUGGCCAAGUUCCAGCCGCCCCCAGAGUACCAGCUCACGGCGGCCGAGCUCAAGCAGCUGGCAGACCAGAGCCUAUCCGGGGGUGACCUGGCCUGCCGCCUGCUGGUGCAGCUUUUCCCGGAGCUCUUCAGUGAUGUGGACUUCUCACGCGGCUGCACUGCCUGUGGUUUCGCCGCCAAGCGCAAGCUUGAGUCACUGCACCUGCAGCUCAUCCGUAACUACGUGGAGGUCUACUACCCCUCAGUGAAGGACACCACCGUGUGGCAGGCCGAGUGCCUGCCGCAGCUGAACGACUUCUUCAGCCGCUUCUGGGCCCAGCGGGAGAUGGAGGACAGCCAGCCGGGUGGCCAGGUGCCUGGCUUCUUUGAGUCCGAGCAGGUGGAGGCCAGCCACUUCUUGGAUGGCAAGGACCAGGAGGAGGCCUUGUCCUUGGACAGGAGCAGCACCGUCGCCUCGGACCAUGUUGUGGACACGCAGGACCUCACUGAGUUCCUGGAUGAGGCCUCAUCGCCCGGUGAGUUUGCCGUCUUCCUCCUCCACCGGCUCUUCCCCGAGCUCUUUGACCACCGCAAGCUGGGCGAGCAGUUCAGCUGCUACGGCGAGGGAGGCAAGCAGGAGCUUGACCCGCAGCGGCUGCAGAUCAUCCGCAACUACACAGAGAUCUAUUUCCCCGACAUGCAGGAAGAGGAGGCAUGGCUGCAGCAGUGCGCACAGCGCAUCAACGAUGAGCUUGAGGGCCUGGGGCUGGACGGUGGCAGUGAGGGUGAGGCCCCGCGCGAUGACUGCUAUGACUCCUCCAGCCUGCCUGACGACAUAUCUGUGGUCAAGGUAGAGGAUGGCUUCGAGGGCGAGCGCCCUGGCCGGCGCUCCAAGAAGAUCUGGCUAGUGCCCAUCGACUUCGACAAGCUAGAGAUCCCGCAGCCUGACUUUGAGCUGCCUGGUGCCGACUGUCUACUGAGCAAGGAGCAGCUGCGCAGCAUCUAUGAGAGCAGCCUGUCCAUAGGCAACUUCGCCUCCCGCCUGCUGGUGCACCUGUUCCCUGAACUCUUCACCCACGAGAACCUGCGCAAGCAGUACAACUGCAGCGGGUCGCUGGGCAAGAAGCAGCUGGAUCCAUCGCGCAUCAAGCUGAUCCGCCACUAUGUGCAGUUACUCUACCCCCGGGCCAAGAAUGACCGUGUCUGGACCCUGGAGUUUGUGGGCAAACUGGAUGAGCGCUGCCGGCGCCGGGACACGGAGCAGAGGCGCUCCUACCAGCAGCAGCGCAAGGUACACGUGCCAGGCCCCGAGUGCAGGGACCUGGCGAGCUAUGCAAUCAACCCCGAGAGGUUCCGCGAGGAGUUUGAGGGGCCCCCGCUGCCCCCAGAGAGGAGCAGCAAGGACUUCUGCAAGAUCCCCUUGGAUGAGCUGGUGGUCCCAUCCCCCGACUUCCCGGUGCCUUCCUUAUACCUGCUGUCGGACAAGGAGGUGCGUGAGAUUGUGCAGCAGAGCCUGUCAGUGGGCAACUUCGCUGCCCGCCUCCUGGUCAGGCUCUUCCCCGAACUCUUCACUGCUGAGAACCUGCGGCUGCAGUACAACCACUCUGGGGCCUGCAACAAGAAGCAGCUGGACCCGACACGCCUGCGGCUCAUCCGCCACUAUGUGGAAGCCGUGUACCCGGUAGAUAAGAUGGAGGAGGUGUGGCACUAUGAAUGUAUCCCCAGCAUCGACGAGCGGUGUCGACGGCCCAACAGGAAAAAGUGUGACAUUCUCAAGAAAGCCAAGAAAGUGGAGAAGUGACAGGCCGGCUGUUCCCCCCCGCCCCAGGUCCCCUGCCUGGACGUGGGUUGGCUGCAGGCCAGGCACGCCCUGGGCACAUCGGAUACCGCGUGGCAACCGUGGUUGGCGCCUGUGUCAUGGCCGUGGCUCCUGCAUUUGCACACGCGAACCCCCGCCCAGCCUAGGGAAAGAAGCCUUGAAUUUUGUCUUUGGUACUCGCAACUUGUGCCCUGUGUUUCCCAAGUGGUGCAGCCGAGGUUGGGGUGUAGGGGGAGCCAGGCCAUGGAAGCAGAGGGGCUUCAGGAAUGGGGUCCUCCCUUCCUGCCUCUGCCCUCCUGCCCCUUACCCUUCAAGAUCCUCUUCCUCACCCACCUUUUUUUAAUUAAACAAAUUUUUUUUUAAACAAAUUAUUGGGCUCUUUGGGGGCCAACAAAUCUUUUUAAAUAUUUGAGAUGAAGUACUGUAAAUUGAUUCAGUUACUGAGAUUUUUUUUUUUUCUUCUUUGAGAUGGUUUUAGAUUUAUGAAAUGUUGAGACAAGUGCCAUGUUCUGUUUGGUGGCCGGGCCCAGCGCUGGGCAGCUGGAGGGACCCGGCUCUCCUGACCUCAGCUUUCCUACACGUGGGCUUGGCAGAGGGAAGUUCUGGCUGCCCCCCUGGGCUGUGCUGCGCUGCCAGUUUCCAGGGCCACAUUCAGGUCAGGAUGGUAAGCCCAUUCUCUGUAGGCGACAACACUGGAUGCCGACGCGGAUGCUGACGCUGACAUGAAUGUAGAUAGCCGUGGAGGCCUCCCAGGGCCCCACGCCCCCGCCCCCAGUUCCUCUCCCCCUGCCCAUGCUGGUUGGUGGGCCAGACGGUGUGUCCUUGAAGUGGGGCAUUGGGCUUCCUGUUUGGUUUAAGGGUUGGGCCUCUGUGGGCUCCCUGGAACUGUUUACUCUGCCUCUGUGUGUGUGUGUGUGUGUGUGUGUGUGUGCGCGCGCGUGCGCGCGCGUGUGUGCAUGUGUCUGUGUGUACCAGAUCCGGGUCUGGGAGCCAGAGUCGGCUUUCCCAGACUCCGGCAUCAGCCCCACCCACACACCUACCACCCACCUGGUGCAGCUGCACAGCCUGGUUCCUCAGGGCGGGCCCUGGGCUGGGGCCCCCAUGUCCCUCUCCAUGGGCCUCUCAGAACUGUCCAGGCCCUGCUGUCCCCUCCCCCAGACCCAGCUCCUGGCACCUGGUCCCUGCUGCCUGACUGGGCGGGUUACACAGCACCCAGUUGUGGUGGAGCCGGAACUGAUUGAUUCUAUUGUCCCCGAAACAACGGAACGUGACUUAGACCACACAAGGUAGUCACGAGUUCCUUGUGGCAGGUUGCAGAUCUAAUAACUGUGGCUUGACAUUUUGCCACUUUGAAAUCAGCAGGAAUACUCGGAGUAGCCUGUGAGUUUCCCUCAUUACACCUGACGAAGGACCGCAUGCCACUGACUGCGGGACAUGUUGCUGCCCUCCUGCAGCAGGCGUUUUUCUUCUGUGGCCCAGGGUUUGGGAACCAAGGUUUUGCUUGUAAACGUCACUGCAGGUUGUUCCUGUUGAAGUUGCAAGCCCAGGUUAUUGCAAUUUGGAGAUGCACACGGACGGACUGACUGUCAUGCUCCCCCGGUGUCCCCAUGCCCCAUGCACACUCCUUGCUGGAGCUAUCGGGGACCCAUACAGAUAGAUAAUGAAUUCAUCCCUUUUUUGUGCCUGGAAAGAAGGACCCGGAGCAGCCUGGAGACUCACCCUCUGUCCCCCUCCGCCACUGCCUCUGAUUUGGGCCUUUAUGCCUUAGCUUCCCCAACGCACAGAUGUGCACACACGCGCACACCCUACCCAAAGACAGCUGCAGCUCCCUGCCGCCAGCCCCCACUGGUUGCUGGCUAACCUGCUUCCACAGGAUUCCAAGCCAUGUGAGCACUGCCCCGCUCUUCUGUUCAGGGCAGAUUUGACCCUGCAGCCUCAGAAGCACACUCUGAUUUGUCACCUGCACAGGCUCCCCAGGUCACCCCAAGUCCAGGGAGCAACCGUUGCUAGGAAGUGAGUGUGUCUCUAACUUAAUGCGUGCAUCCUGGGUUCUGGCGACUUCCUUAAGACCGUCACCACCCCGGACCCCAAACCCCCCCCCCCCGGCUCCCACCCUUGUCCUUUUCUGUGGCCUCAGAUAGCCUGUGGGGUACCCAGGGCUUUUUGUUUCACAGGAAGCAAUAGAGGUACACAGUGUUCUGUUGGACUCUAACACACUCUGGAAUGUGUGGGCAGCCCCAAUCCUUGUCCACAUCUGAAUCUUUGCUUUUUAAUUGUUUUGAAUGUGUGUCUGCCUGGUUAUCUGGAGGGCUCGAGAAUUGAGCACAGGAGUGCUGUGACGAUGGGUAGCAGGUGGCAGUCCUGCUUUCCAAAUGUGUGAAGACAGUGGUGAGUGAGCCCGGUGUCCAAAGCCUGCUUCCCCUUGCUGUGACUGUGUUUUUCUCCGGACAGCGAGCUCUUGCUUGCCAGGAGGGUCAGGUUGUGCCCACUGUCCUGCGCUCCUGUGUGUCUCACCUCUGGGGUGCUGGCCCCAAACUUCAAGUCCUGAGAGGGGUGGCUGCAGCCUCAGCAAGCAUCAAGCAGCUGAUAGGCUCCAUGCUGUGGGGGAACCCUCGCCGCUGCCCUGAACUCCCCACAGCACAGCAUGUGGGUCCUGUUGCGAUGGCCUUCAUUCCCACCUCCUCCUCCCCAAACUCCCCUCCUGUUCCUGCUCCCAGGUUUGCUUCUCACCCAGCUGAGAGGGGACCUCGAAACUCCUGAAUGGGGGGCCACAUUGCUGUCCCCCUGCCCAGCUGUGUAAGAUGGACAUUGCCGUGGGGCCUGGGGCGGGCUGCUCCUGCUCCCGGGAAAUCCCUGCCUCUUGUAGAUCCAGCCUUAAUCUUCUCCUGACACCCUAGUACUAGCAGAUCCUGCACAAAGUGGAUAUCAGAGUUACUACUGUGAGGAGACAAAACCAUGAGAAUAGUUUUACCAAAGAUAAUGAAAUACCACGUUAAAGUCUGCAUUUUACCAUUGAGUUGAGUACAUCCUUAGAAAACUG